AAUCAAUACCUUUUAGUCGAGUUUUACGCCCCCUGGUGUGGACACUGCAAGGCGUUGGCGCCCGAGUACGCGAAAGCGGCCACUCUUUUGUUGGAUGAGGGGUCGGACAUCCUGUUGGGCAAAGUGGACGCCACCGAAGAGUCAGAACUGGCCGAACAGUUUGAAGUGAGAGGGUAUCCGACGCUGAAGUUCUUCCGCAACGGAAAGCCUUCCGAAUACGGCGGCGGACGCACUGCCGAAGACAUAGUCAAAUGGCUGAAGAAGAAGACGGGUCCGCCGGCCGUCGAUCUGACCACCGAAGAGCAGGCGACGAAGUUCAAGGAGAGCGCGUCGGUAGUGGUGGUCGGCUUCUUCAAGGACAGGGACAGCGCCGACGCCAAGACGUACUUAGAAGUGGCCGCCGAUAACGACGAGCACCCGUUCGCCAUCGCGUCCGACGAAUCCGUUUACACGGCUCUGGGUGUCGACAAAGACGGUAUCGUUCUCUUCAAGAACUUCGAUGAGAAGCGCAACGACUUGGAGGGAGAGGUGACCGCCGAGACGCUGAAGAAGUUUGUCUCAACCAAUAGUCUUCCGCUGGUCGUCGAGUUCAGCCAUGAGACGGCGCAAAAGAUAUUCGGCGGUGAAAUCAAAGCGCAUAACCUGUUGUUCGUGAGCGCGAAGAGCUCGGAGUACGAGACCAUAAUCGAGGCGUUCAGGACUGUGGCCAAAGAGUUCAAGAAUCGAGUGCUGUUCGUGACGAUCAACACCGACGAAGAAGAUCACGAGAGGAUUAUGGAGUUCUUCGGCCUCAAGAAGGGCGAGACGCCAUCCAUGCGACUCAUCAAACUGGAGGAAGAGAUGACCAAAUUUAAGCCCGAAAGCGCCACAAUUGACGAAAAAAAUAUCAAGUCCUUCGUGGAAGGCGUCCUCAGCGGUAAAGUGAAGGUAUUGUCACCGGAACUGACACCACAUGUGUCGGUGAUAUACUGUAUAUACUCAACGAUACCUCAACUCUCUCUCUCUCUCUCGCAGCAACACCUGCUCUCUCAGGAACUGCCCGACGACUGGGAUAAGACGCCCGUCAAGACCCUGGUGUCGACCAACUUCGACGACGUGGCCCUCGACAAGUCGAAGGACGUGUUGGUGGAGUUCUACGCCCCGUGGUGUGGACACUGCAAACAACUGGUGCCCAUCUACGAGCAAUUGGGUGAGAACUUCAAGGACUCGGCGACGGUGGUGAUCGCCAAGAUGGACGCCACGGCCAACGAGCUCGAGCACACUAAGAUCAACAGCUUCCCCACCAUUAAACUGUUCAAAAAGGAGACUAAUAAGGUAAUUGAAUAUAACGGCGAGAGAACCCUCGAGGGGUUGACUCAGUUCUUAGAGACUGACGGCGAAUACGGGAGAGCGGCGCCCGAUCAGGUGGUGGACUAUGACGGGGAACGCAAUUUAGAGGGUCUCACAAAGUUUGUAGAGAGCGGUGGCCUCAAACACGCUGAUCUCAAACAAGAGAUCCAGGCGGUCAUGUUGUGGCCCAUUAGGGGAACAACACCUUUAGAAGUGGAUGAGGAGGACGAGAAAGAGGACGCCAAGGACUCGAAGGAUGAGCUCUAAUACUAUAGUCUUUCAUAAGCUUAUAAAUUGUAAACUAAUUUGUUGUCAAUUUGUUUUUCAUCUAAAUCAUGAUAAAUUCGGGCAUUUUUUAGAAGUAAUUAUAAAUUUUGGUGAAAAAAGUUUUACGUUUAAUACGAAUUCACAAAUAAAAACAUUUUUUACACUAA